CUCUCAGACAAACUCUGGGUGGGACACAUCCACGGGCAUUUGCUGUGAACGUAAAUAACAUAGAGUGGCCGUAAAACCAGUCUGACGUGCCUCUGAACACACCGGGCCAAAUACACCAGUCGUGACGCAGUCCUCAAGGCUAGCCCCGGUUAGCUGCGCAGCUACAGCGGAGCCAUUAUGUUUUCCCUGACGGGCUCUCUCCUGAAAAACCCCCGAGUCUUCCGGUGCGUCAGACUGCUGCACUGUUCUCCAGUCACCAAGAUGCCGAUUAAGGUUGGUGAAGCUCUUCCUGCAGUGGAGGUCCAGGAGGGUGAACCAGGAAAUAAAGUGUCUAUGGAUCAGCUGUUUAAGGGGAAAAAAGGAGUCCUCUUCGCCGUACCCGGAGCCUUUACCCCCGGCUGCUCUAAGACUCACCUCCCAGGCUUCGUGCAGCAAGCCCAGGAGUUGAGGAGUAAAGGCAUACAGGAGGUGGCGUGCAUUUCUGUCAAUGAUGCAUUCGUCAUGGCUGCAUGGGGAAAGGAGCAUGGAACAGAUGGAAAGGUUAGAAUGCUGGCUGAUCCCACUGGUGCAUUUGCAAAGGCGGUCGACCUGCUGCUUGACAGCGAUACGAUUGUGCAGGUUCUGGGCAACAAACGCUCCAAGAGAUACGCAAUGUUGGUGGAAGACGGAGUGGUGAAGAAGAUCAACGUGGAGCCGGACGGCACUGGGCUGACCUGCAGCCUCUCCUCCAACGUUCUGGCUGAGCUGUAGGCUGCUGCUGUAGCUUAUUAAGGCUAGCUCCUCUCCCUCAGCUACUGUGAAAGUUGUACUAACGGAGCUCGCCUCCUGCCGACUCGACCUUGCCUCUCUUCCCAAAGACGGAUGCAAACGCCGGACACAGAUGUCAGGAGGAAGGUGAUUAAUGCGCACAAUAUUGAGACGAAGAGCAAUUCCUUGCACAGCCCUUUAGUCUUUGUAUACUCUUACUUAAAAGGUAAUAAACUUCAUUCUUUUCCUCA